GGUCGCUGAAGCCAUUUCUAUGAUAAAGAGAAAGCCACUGACGCAUUUUUCCAUCGUUUUUGAAAAUAUUCAUUUUGAACAAGCAGUAACCAUCCCAACCAAAGGUAGUUUGUAUUUUCACAUCGUUAUUCAAGAUCACAACAAUCAAUUUGAAGUGAAAUGCGACGAAGCUGUGGUAGCACAAGGGAAAGUUCGAAUUUUGGAAAAUACUCGUAAGGAUGUGACCAACGUAGAACCAUUCAAAGAUGAAAUAUCCAAUUCAGGUAUUUUACCAUUGAAUAUCAACGAUUUCUACAAAGAACUGCGAUUAAGAGGUUACCAAUACAAUGGAUUAUUUAAAAACGUUCAGUAUGUCAAUUGCAAUGGUACAUAUGGAGAAGUAUCCUGGAGCAGAAAUUUUGUAACUUUUAUCGAUACGAUGUUGCAAAUCACCUUAUUGCAUGUGGACAGUAGAGCAACUCUUGUUCCUACAUUCAUACGCAAAGUUGUGGUAGACUUUCAGAAACAUUUUGAAAUGCUAGAAUCUUUGGAUGAAGAAAAUCCUAAAUUCCCUGUUCAUUACCACUCCUAUCACAAUUUAUUGAGUGCCGGAGGGAUUCAGAUGAGUGGAUUGAGAUGUGCUGAGAUUAAUCGUCAAAGAAAACGAGCAGAUCACGUACUUCAACGAUAUAACUUUGUUCCAAAUAUCAGCAAUGAAAAAAUGGACUUGAAUACAACAGUCGACAUUUGCACUGAAAUAGCUACACAGAAUACUCUAAUUAUCAACGCAAUCACCUAUGAAAUAAUUGAUCAAGAUUACAGUCGAACUGGGCCUUCCAUAUCAAAAGCAGUUUUAAAAGCCUUGCAUGAUAGACCAACAUACAAGGCAAACGUUAACAUUUUAACGAAUUCAAUUAAAGCAGAGGAAACAGAGGCAUCAAGCGAAAUAACAGUUUCGAAUGGAAAAUUACCAAACAACAAAACUGUUUUAAUGGUGAUCUUGUCACACAUACAAAAACAAAACGAGGGCAUCGAAUCAAUUUUGGAAGCACUGAGAGAUGAUGGCUUUAUCCUCACGAGGGAAUCAAUCGCUGAAAAUGUUCCAUUUGAAAAAUUGGGCUUUAAUGUCUGCUUUAGUCGAAUUAUUAAUGAUACUGAAAAAAUUAUGCUCCUUAAUAAAUUGACAAAAAGCAAACCAAUCAAGCAAACAAUCCAAAUAAAAGAUAGUUCGUAUUCUUGGGUACCUGAAGCCCAAACUGCUAUUUCAAAUCUCGACCCCGAGAAAGAUGAAAAAUUGAUAUUGUACGCGGAAAAACAACCAAAUAACGGAAUACUGGGCUUUUUCAACUGUUUGAGGAAGGAAGACAAAGGAAAACAUAUCAGGUGUUUUUUCAUCAUGGAUGACAAAGCUCCUUCUUUCUCCCUGGAUGAUCCAUUUUAUAAAUCUCAAUUAGAUAAAGAUCUCUCUCAUAAUGUAUAUAAGGAUGGAAAAUGGGGCGGUUACUGGCACUCAUCACUCAACUCAUUGACUGAUAUAGAAUCCAGUCAUGCAUUCUGUACGUUGGAAGAACGUGGCAAUCUUUCCUCUUUCAAAUGGAUUGAAGGCUCGUUGGAUCCUUUAACAUAUGGAGGAAUUUGCAAUGAAAAAUUUCUAGUUCAUGUUUAUUACAGUGGAAUCAAUUUCAAAGACGUUAUGCUAUCAAUUGGAAGAAUUUCUCCAACAGACUCGUUUUCUUAUAGUCGCUUAUCAGAGUGUUGCAUUGGAGGCGAAUUUUCUGGUAAAGAUAGAGUUGGAGUAAGAUUAAUGGGAAUUGUGCCUGGUAAGGGAAUUUCUACAAUGGUCGAAGCAUUACCAAUCAUUACAUGGAAUGUACCAGACAGUAUGACAUUAGAGGAAGCAGCUAGUAUUCCUCUUGUAUAUGCUACAGUUGUAUUUGCCUUCUUUUUCAAAAUGACACUGAAAGAAGGACUUUCAGUCCUCAUACAUUCUGGUAGCGGUGGAAUUGGUCAAGCAGCCAUAAAUAUUUGCCUGCAUUACAAAUGUAAUAUUUUCACAACUGUUGGAACUGCAGAGAAAAGGGAAUUUAUUAGAAAAGCAUUUCCUCAAAUCCCAGAAAACCAUAUCGGUAAUACCAGGGACAUUUCAUUUGAAAGCAUGAUAAUGAAACAAACAAAGGGCAGAGGAGUUGAUGUAGUAUUGAAUAGCUUAGCUGAAGAAAAGCUUCGAGCUUCAGUUCGCUGUGUUGCAAAAGGUGGACACUUCUUGGAGAUAGGAAAAUUUGAUAUGGUUAAAAAUAAUCCAUUGGAAUUGGGACAUUUCUUGAAUGAUAUCACAUUCUACAGUGUGCAAUUAGAUGUUCUACUAUUGAAUCACAAAAAUCCGAUAGUUUUUGGCAUAUUCGAGAAAAUUCAAAAAAUGCUCGAGCAGGGAAUUAUAAAACCUAUCGACAGAACAAUUUUUCAAAUCGAUGAAGUGGAAUCCGCUUUUAGAUUAAUGGCAUCUGGAAAACAUAUCGGUAAGCUGAUCAUCAAAAUUAGAGACGAAGAAGAAAAUAUCAAAUCAAUACCAAGACCGAUGCAAAUGAAAGUGAAACCAAGAGUAACUUGUCGAGAAAAUAAAUCGUACAUAAUUUUAGGAAAGCACUUAUAGUUUUGGAUUUUAAAUGAGCAAGUACCUAAUAAUGAAGUUCAAAGGUGAUUAUUGCAUGUUCUUCU